GUGUGACUAAUAAUUGUAAUGUCCUUUCAAUAGACUUUCAUAUUCUUUGAUUGAAAGUUAUAGCAGAUCAUGGUAUGCUCAUUGACGGAACCUUAAGUGACAGAUGAAUGAAUUUGCAUACUUUGUUUAAUCGAAAGAAACGUCAUUUUAUUUGUUAAAGUAAAUGGUGAAGAUGACACCUCCUAAUGAAGCAAAGAUAAGACAAAGUUUAUCAAAGUAUCAAAAUCCAGAUAUCACUAAAAAACAUGUCAUGAGUGUUUUAAAUCUUUACAAAGGUUUACAGUACAAAGUAGAGCCAUUUGUAUUUAACGAUGGAUCACGUAAGGAGUUAUUUAAUUUACAAGGAACAAUACCUGUUGCUUAUGAAGGUAAUUCUUAUAACAUUCCCAUAUGUAUUUGGUUGAUGGAUACACAUCCAAAUAAUGCACCUAUGUGUUAUGUUAAACCUACUGCCGACAUGUAUAUUAAAGUCAGCAUAUUUGUUGACCAUAAUGGAAAAAUCUAUUUACCUUAUCUUCAUGAUUGGUUGCCACAUUCAUCAGAUUUACUAAGUCUAAUUCAAAUAAUGAUAGUAACCUUUGGAGAACAACCACCUGUUUAUGCUAAAGCUCGAAAAAAUACCAGAUCAAGUCCUUUUGCUAUACAGGGUUUUGAACCUACUACUGGAAGUGGAACACACAUACCAGGUGCUAAUAUCCCUCCAUAUCCACAAAAUCCACCAUAUCCAGAUGGGAGUAAUGUAUACCCUCCAUACAUACCUCCAGGGUCUUCUGGAUUUCCAUAUCCAGGUUCGUAUGGUUCUUAUGGAGGAACUGCUUCAAAUUAUCCUUCACAAGGAUAUACUGGUUCCUUUCCUUAUCCUCCGUCGACACAGCCGUCUCCAACUGUACCUGGCUCCACUGGUGGAUCGGGUACCAUUACGGAAGAACAUAUCCGAGCAUCUUUAUUAUCAGCCGUAGAGGACAAAUUACGACGAAGACUUAAAGAACAAUUUUCACAAUUACUAGCUGAAUUAGAAACAUUACGACGGACGCAACAAGAGCUAACAAGCGGAUCUUCCCACCUCACCGAUUUAUUCGAUAGACUUAAAAAAGAGAAACUUGAACUCGAAAAGAAUAUAACUAUACUCCAAGAUAAAGAGAGUGAAUUAGAAAAAGAAAUUGCAAAGCUUUCGGACAAUCAGUCAAUAGAUGUUGAUGAAGCUGUUACAACUAUUGCUCCACUUUACAAACAAAUGUUAAACGCUUUUGCAGAAGAAGCUGCUACAGAAGAUGCGAUCUAUUAUCUCGGCGAAGGUUUACGAUGCGGUAUUAUAGAUUUAGAUGCAUUUUUAAAACAAGUGCGUCAACUUUCACGCAGACAAUUUAUGCUCAGAGCACUGAUGCAACGUUGUCGUCAGAAAGCGGGUUUGGCUGGUUAAAUGCUCUAUUUGAAUUUUAUAAAGUUGCAUUAUUCAAUAUUUUAUUUUAUUAUACAUAGUGUAUUAAAAACAAAGUAUAUAUAUCCCAUGGUAAAUAGAGGGAUAAUAAUAUGUUAUAAAAGCAAUGGAUCAUUUUCGCAAAUUCAGAGAAUAUUUCUUAGUGGGUCAAAUACUAUAUAUACAAUAUAAUUUCUGUUUCAUGUUGUACACAUUUUAUUCAUAGGAAAAAAUUUGAAUGUGAA